AUGCACUUCAGCCUAAAAUUUCUUAAGGAGCUACCUCUAUACGAGGAGGUACAACCGUACAAACUCUAUGGGUUUGACGAUGUAAGCGAGGAGGACCAGACGAAUUGUGUAUUCGAAAUUGUUCAGGAAGUUCAAGUAUACGAUGUUCGAGGUGCCGUCGUGGAUCCUAGUAUUGAUCGCGAGGGUUUCGAGUUCGUGAUAUCACCAACGAAUUGUGCUCUGAGUGCAGAGGUUUUCGAGGGUGAUGAUACUCGUACGAAUGGAGUUGUCGAUAGCUACAUCCGAGAAACUAUGGAUUUGGUUAAGACUAAGCUUGACGCCGAAUCCGUCGUAGCAAUUGAUUGGAGGUUCCGCAGAAGUGCAAAUGCGACCGCCGAGAAGCUUGAUGUUGGAGACAUCAGGAAGCAGGCUAUCGCAGUGGCGACAACAGCACAUUGCGAUUUCUCUUAUCUCGGUGGGUUUGAAAGGAUCAAAAUGCACCUAGCAGAGGAUGAGAUGGCUGCGAUUGAGCGAGGUGAACUAAAGGCGAUGAUCGUCAAUGUCUGGAGGCCACUGAAAACUGUCAGAAGCGCCCCAUUGAUAAUGGCAGACCGGCGAACUGUAUCAAAGAAAGACUUGAUCGAAGCCGACCAGGUAAUGGUUGACAAGGUUACCAGGACUGCAUAUGUCUAUCAUCGGCCGGACCAAAGAUGGUAUUGGCUCAAAAACCAGAGAGCGGAUGAGAUUAUUAUGUUCCCUACUUGGAAGGCCGAGACCAAUAUUGAACAUGCAGCAGCUUUCUUGUAUCAGUCUGACUCGUCAGAGUCGCCUAGGGAAAGUGUUGAGGUUCGAAUGAUUGUCUUGUCACGAGCAUGA